CGGGCGCGGCCAUGUUUGAUCACGUGAUUGCGCCGGCAUGACUGGCCUUGGGUUGAAGGCCAGCGAAGGAGCCGUACUGCUGUAGUCGUGGGCGACGGUGCGGCAAGCGGCGUUGUUUCGGGUCCACCGAUGGACAGCGGCUGGAUCGACGACACAAAGCUCUGGCCCAUGGUUCAACGAUCAUUUGUCAACGACUACAUGGUCAAGGCAAUCGACCAAGAUGGGAAGGCUGCACAGGACUACAGGGGGUUUGCAGAGGGCAUCAACCUUUUUGACAGUGGCAAUGUUGGGAAAGCUUUUUGUCAAUCCAAGGAUGGCAUCUGCAGCAUAAAGCUGUGUUCCAAGCUGCAGUGUUGGGUAGGGAUAGCCCCUGGUUCCUCACCGCCGCACGCGCUCGAGCGCUGUGCACGGCUGGACCGAGCCAGGGAGCCGAAUGUGCGCGAUGGCUCGUCAUGA